CCCUUUCCCGCCUCCCGCGAGUCUCCAGGUUCCUUAGCUGGCCCAAGCCGAGUCAGUGUCAGUCAGGGAGACGGACUGCUGAGCACCGGGUGCGGAGGCUCGGUUGCAGUCUCGCGCAGGGGCCGGUGCCUGUACUCGUGCCGCCGAGUGGGAAGGAUGAAGCGGCAGCUGGAGCAGCCACCCUAUGAUUGGCUGUGGCGCUUGUGAACCCGAAGUAAAGAUGGCGGACGGGCAGGCAGCCGCCGCACUGCCCACUUGGAAGAUGGCGGCGCGCCGCAGCUUCAGCGCCCGCGGCCGGGGGGUCCUGCAGGCGGCGGCGGAGCGGCUGCUGCCGCUGCUACUGCUGAGCUGCUGCUGUGGCGCGGGAGGCUGCGCAGCGGCCGGCGAGAACGAGGAGACGGUGAUCAUCGGGUUGCGGCUGGAGGACACGAACGACGUGUCGUUCAUGGAAGGGGGGGCGCUGCGGGUGAGCGAGCGGACUCGGGUCAAGCUGCGGGUGUACGGGCAGAACAUCAACAACGAGACGUGGUCCCGCAUCGCCUUCACCGAGCAUGAGCGGCGGCGCCACAACCCCGGCGAGCGCGGGCUGGGUGGCCCCGCGCCGCCAGAGCCGGACAGCGGCCCCCAGCGCUGCGGCAUCCGUACAUCAGAUAUCAUCAUCUUGCCCCAUAUCAUUCUCAACCGCCGUACAUCGGGCAUCAUUGAGAUCGAAAUCAAGCCACUGCGCAAGAUGGAGAAGAGCAAGUCCUAUUACCUGUGCACAUCUCUGUCCACUCCAGCUCUGGGCGCCGGCGGCCCGGGGUCCGCGGGUGGCGCCGUCGGGGGCAAGGGCGGCUCCGGGGUAGCCGGGCUCCCGCCGCCCCCGUGGGCCGAGACCACCUGGAUUUACCACGAUGGCGAGGACACCAAGAUGAUCGUGGGCGAGGAGAAGAAGUUCCUGCUGCCCUUUUGGUUGCAGGUGAUCUUCAUUUCGCUGCUCCUGUGUCUGUCGGGCAUGUUCAGCGGCCUCAACCUGGGGCUUAUGGCCCUGGACCCGAUGGAGCUGCGUAUCGUGCAGAACUGCGGCACCGAAAAGGAGAAGAAUUACGCUAAGCGCAUCGAGCCUGUGCGCAGGCAAGGCAACUACCUGCUGUGCUCGCUGCUGCUGGGCAACGUGCUGGUCAACACCACGCUCACCAUCCUGCUCGACGACAUCGCUGGUUCAGGCCUGGUGGCGGUGGUGGUCUCUACCAUCGGCAUCGUCAUCUUUGGGGAGAUCGUGCCACAGGCCAUCUGCUCCCGGCACGGCCUGGCUGUAGGGGCCAACACCAUCUUCCUCACCAAGUUUUUCAUGAUGAUGACCUUCCCCGCUUCUUACCCAGUCAGCAAGCUGCUGGACUGCGUCCUGGGCCAGGAGAUAGGCACAGUCUAUAACCGGGAGAAACUGCUGGAGAUGCUCCGGGUCACAGAUCCCUACAACGACCUCGUUAAGGAGGAGCUGAACAUCAUCCAAGGGGCGCUGGAGCUCCGUACUAAGACUGUGGAGGACGUGAUGACCCCGCUCCGGGACUGCUUCAUGAUCACUGGGGAAGCCAUUCUGGACUUCAACACCAUGUCGGAGAUCAUGGAGAGCGGCUACACUCGCAUUCCGGUAUUCGAGGGGGAGCGCUCCAACAUCGUGGACCUCCUUUUUGUGAAAGACUUGGCCUUCGUGGAUCCAGAUGACUGUACUCCCUUGAAAACCAUCACUAAAUUUUAUAACCACCCCUUGCACUUUGUUUUCAAUGACACCAAGUUGGACGCUAUGCUGGAAGAAUUUAAGAAAGGUAAAUCUCACCUGGCUAUUGUACAGCGAGUAAACAAUGAAGGAGAAGGGGAUCCAUUUUACGAAGUUCUAGGAAUUGUCACCUUAGAAGAUGUGAUUGAAGAAAUCAUCAAAUCUGAGAUUCUAGAUGAAACAGACUUAUACACGGAUAACAGAACAAAAAAGAAAGUGGCCCAUCGUGAGAGGAAGCAAGAUUUUUCUGCCUUUAAGCAGACAGACAGCGAGAUGAAGGUUAAAAUAUCACCACAGCUUCUCUUGGCCAUGCACCGUUUCCUAGCAACAGAAGUAGAAGCAUUUAGCCCAUCCCAGAUGUCAGAGAAGAUCCUUCUAAGGCUGCUAAAGCACCCCAAUGUCAUCCAGGAACUGAAGUAUGAUGAGAAGAACAAGAAAGCCCCAGAAUACUACCUCUACCAGCGAAACAAACCUGUAGACUACUUCGUUCUCAUUUUGCAGGGGAAAGUGGAAGUAGAAGCUGGGAAAGAAGGUAUGAAGUUUGAAGCCAGUGCUUUUUCUUACUAUGGUGUAAUGGCCCUGACAGCCUCUCCAGGUGAAAACAAGUCACCUCCUCGCCCAUGUGGCUUGAAUCACUCGGACUCUCUCAGUCGAAGUGACCGGAUUGACGCAAUCACACCGACGUUGGGGAGCAGCAAUAAUCAGCUCAAUUCUUCAUUCCUCCAAGUCUACAUCCCAGACUACUCGGUGCGCGCCCUCUCUGAUCUCCAGUUUGUCAAGAUCUCGAGACAGCAAUACCAAAAUGCCUUGAUGGCAUCCCGGAUGGACAAAACUCCUCAGUCUUCAGACAGUGAAAACACUAAAAUUGAAUUGACUCUUACGGAGCUGCACGACGGGUUGCCAGACGAGACGGCCAACCUGCUCAAUGAACAGAACUGUGUGACACACAACAAGGCCAAUCACAGCCUGCACAACGAAGGCGCCAUCUAGGGCACGGCCCCCCACCGCCCUCAGCCCUCCUGUUCCCGUGGCCCCGGGCCAGGCCGCUCUGCCCAGCCUCCGUCUGACCAUGAAUCCCAUUAGUGUGAGCUUGUGUGCCAUGCUGCAUCCCGCAACAUCCUGAGACCAAAGACUUUGUCCCCUUCCUGGAAGCAGCAGAGUGAGGGCAGGAAUGGAGACUAGAGCUGGGACGUUGACAGCUAGGGUGUGGCUUUCGAGAUUUUGGAGAUGAACUUCCGCCCAAAUAGAAUCAUGUUUAUUUUUUUCAGCUGUACCUUUUAUUAUUAUUCACCCUCCUCCUUCCUUGAUUUGCAAGAAGUUGGAAAUUGUUGGGAUUUAUUUUUUUCACGAAAUCAUGUUUUUUAAAAAGUGUCUUUUGCAGAGUUCUAAGUCGUCCUGCCUGAACUCUGCUAUGACCCCAUGAUGAGACCUAAUAGGAUGGACUUGUCCCUCCAGUCGCCUUCCUUGGCCUCCCCGGGGAGGGGCACCCUGCCUCUGUGCCUCAGCGGGUGUUGCUGUCGAACUUGAAGGGAGAAUGAAGAAAACCGAGUUAAUGCGGACCCGCCAAGUGCGUGGCACCGCGGGGUGGAGCCCGCAUGGGACCUGCAGUCGCCUCUCCAAGCUCAGUGUUGUUUUAAGUUAAUGUUUAACUGUGUCCCUUUCCCUCAGAAAGGUUUAACAUUUGCUUGGAAUGUGAUUUUUGCUCCCACUCUAAGGAAUUUUUAUCACCAAAAUGAAUGUUAAUGAAUUUUAACCCCGUGGUUUAUCAUUGGCAAGAGGCAAGGUGACUUCACCCCAGCGCUCCUGGCAUCUCCGCCGGCUCCAGCGCCCCAGCUUGCAGAGCGUGUCGCCCACCUCCCCGUCUCGCUCUGGUUAACCCACGAUGCUGCUACACAGAUGCCAAACGGAAAUCUUCCACGGGGCUUUGGAGUAAACACGUGGUGUGGGGUUCAAGCGCCUCCCCUUCCCACUGGGACGCGUGUGAUUGUUAGAAAAGGAGCCGGGCCUUCCGGCUGGGCUCUGUGCCCGGGCUGAGGCGGCAUUUCUAGACCCAUGUGCUGGAAGGAGGGGACUUUGGGGACUGCCAGCCCCUGCCCCUCCUGCCAGAGAGCCAGCUGUCUGUCCCUCUUCCCCUCCGUCCCUGGGCCCGUGGGGCCCAGCCGUGGCUGUGUCCCCCGCCCAAGGACCUCUGUGCCUCCCGCCUCAGAUGCAGCCCAUGCCAGAGGCUGUCUGUACAGCCAGGGUCAGUUCGGCCCCAAACAGGGAUUCAGAAACCAAAUGUGUGUUGUGGCCAUUUCAUGUGUGUCUGUCUUGUUUUAAUACCAAAUUCAUCACGUGUAGUGAAAUUAAUGUCAGGAGGUAUUACUUGAGUGAAUUCAUAACUAUCUCACCUGUGUUUUAAGUGUUAGCCCAAGGCAUUUGUGCAUCUCGUUGGCAACAUUCGUACACUGAAAUGAAUUCAUACUGACCACAGUU